AUGACUACUGGGUUGCAUGAGUUUCAUUUGGCCUCACGAAGAGCCGAAGAAGCAGCUUCGAGGCGAUUUCAAGCGGUGCAAUGGCUUCAAUCAGUAGUGGGAGAAAUCGGUAUCUCGAAUCAGCCAUCGGAGAAAGAGUUUAUUUCUUGCUUGAGAAACGGUAUGAUUCUUUGCAAUGCCAUCAACAAGAUUCACCCAGGAGCCGUCUCCAAGGUUGUGGAGAGCUACUCGCAUUUGCAGUCGUUUAACAGAGAGUACCAACUUCCUCAAGCGUAUCAGUAUUUUGAGAAUGUUCGCAACUUUCUUGUGGCGUUGGAACAGUUGAGGCUUCCUGGAUUCGAAGCUUCUGAUCUCGAAAAGGAUAAUCUGGAGUCUGGAUCAGUGAGCAAAGUUGUGGACUGUAUCUUGGGACUCAAGGCGUAUCAUGAGUGCAAGAUGACUAGCAGUGGUAAUAAUGGGUUCUACAAGCAUGUCAAAACGCCAACGUUUCAGCUCUCUGCAACUAAGGUUCAUCAUCCACUUAGUGGUUCCAAAACGUCUAGGAUUUUGGAUAGAAACGAGUGUGCAGAUGGUGAAUCUGAUCAACUCAAAGUUAUAGCCAAGUUGGUUUCGGAUCACAUUUUUAACUCCAAGGAAAAUAUAGAUGAGAAUCUUAUUUCACUUGAGAAUGGCAGCGAGAACUCUAAAGUAAAUUUCCAGAAAAUCAUCUCAAGAUUCCCAGAGCUUCAAUCAAUCUUCAAGAAUUAUCUUAACGAAGGCACCCCGAAACCAUCAGACGUAAAACCUAUGCUUCUGGAGGAGUUACCUGUCAAUGAAGAAGAUAAGUCCCACAAAAGCCCUCUUCUCACGACAAAAUACAACCAUAAGCGUUUACUGAAAACACAAGAAAAUGAGCUUGCGGUUCUCAAGACUUUGUUCAUACAAACGAAGCAGGAUUUUAAGGAAUUUCAGGUUCAUCUGCAAAGAGAUCUGAUGGAACUAGGGAAUCAGAUGCAAGAGAUGUCAUCAGCAGCUCAAGGAUAUUACAAAGUGGUGGAAGAGAACAGAAAGUUAUAUAACAUGGUGCAAGAUCUUAAAGGAAAUAUAAGAGUGUUCUGCAGAGUUAGACCGAUCUUCAAUAGUGAAAUGAAAGGUGUAAUAGAUUACAUAGGAAAAGAUGGCUCUUUGUUUGUUCUGGAUCCAUCAAAGCCUCAAAAAGAUGCAAGAAAAACUUUUCAGUUUAAUCAAGUGUUUGCUCCAACAGCCACUCAAGAUGAUGUAUUCAGAGAAACACAGCCAUUAAUCAGAUCAGUGAUGGAUGGUUACAAUGUCUGCAUAUUUGCUUACGGACAAACUGGAUCAGGCAAGACAUACACAAUGAGUGGUCCUCCGGGGAGAUCAGCAACUGAAAUGGGAAUAAACUAUCUAGCUCUCAAUGAUCUCUUUCUGAUAUAUAUCCGAACUUGCUCAAGCGAGGACGAUGGCUUAAGUCUCCCUGAUGCUACUAUGCAUUCUGUGAAUUCUACCAUGGAUGUCCUUCGGCUGAUGGAGGCUGGUGAGGUGAACAGGGCUGUUAGUUCCACGUCCAUGAAUAACCGAAGUAGUCGGUCUCACAGUAUUUUUAUGGUGCACGUACGUGGGAAAGACACAUCUGGAGGUACCAUCCGGAGUUGCUUGCAUCUGGUGGAUCUUGCAGGGAGCGAGAGAGUAGAUAAAUCAGAGGUCACAGGAGACAGACUCAAGGAGGCACAGUAUAUCAACAAAUCUCUUUCUUGUCUCGGAGAUGUGAUUUAUGCAUUGGCUCAGAAGAAUUCUCACAUCCCAUACCGAAACAGCAAGCUCACUCUUCUACUCCAAGACGCAUUAGGAGGUCAAGCCAAAACAUUGAUGUUCGCUCAUUUGAGUCCUGAAGAAGACUCUUUUGGUGAAACAAUCAGUACUCUGAAAUUCGCGCAAAGAGUUUCCACAGUCGAACUUGGCGUUGCUCGUGCACACAAAGAAACUAGAGAGGUUAUGCAUCUCAAAGAGCAGAUUGAAAGCCUGAAAAAGGCUUUGGGUUCUGGAGAAUGGAACAGUGGAGCAAAAGAGAUAAAAUCUCCUUUAAGCAGGCCGAUUGCUACAACAGAGAAAACUCCUCCACGUCUCAGAAGAUUAAGCAUCGAAAACUGUAGUAGCAACACGAAGACAAACCUUGAAGACAGAAAAGGCAUUAAAUCACCUUUGGCCUCUCGUCGUGCAUUAAGAUCGAGUUUGGAGGUUCCAAAGUCCUGUAAAAACGAAGAGAAUAGUAAAGGAGAUCCCACCAUGGAAGUGACGCAGCUCAAGAAUCCACUGAGUCCUGUAAGCUCUUAUCGAACCAGAGCAGUGAAAGUAGAUGGCAGAACAAGCAUUCCUCAACUCCAGCUAUUGCAGACACCUGUUAAAGAAGAUCCUAGAAACGAGAUACAGUUUAUUUCUGUGGAUUCUAGAACAAAUGGAAAAAGUUCACACAUACGGAAGUCACUGAGAACAAUUGGAAAGCUGAUCAAUGGCUCUGAGAAGAGGAAGGAGAACAUUCCUGCAAAUCCACGGUCACCGCUUGGUGUCUCAAAUAAUUUCAGUGGUGUGAAGUCGCCACACACAAGCAACGCUAAAACACUGCGAAGGCAAUCACUCACAGGUGUAAUCCCAUCAGGACCAGAAAGAUCACGUCGAUCCUCAAUAGGAGGAAAUCCACUUGAGAAUGGUGAAAGUGGUGCAAGAAAUGCAAAGACACCUCCACCUAUGCGUUCAUCAUCAAAGAUAGUGAAGAAGAGGGCGUAA